AUGGAAGAAGCAGAUCUUGUAAUCAUAGGCGCGGGUAUCUAUGGUCUUACAACUGCUCACACAUACCACCGCCUGCACCCUUCAGCCAAAAUUCUUAUUCUAGACUCUGCAUCCUCCGUCGGCGGACCAUGGGCACCACAUCGCGUCUUUCCUGGUCUUCGGACUAACAAUUUGUGGGGCAUGUACGAACAUCCUGACUUCCCUAUGGAUGAGAAGAGGUUCAAGGUGAAGAGGGGAGAACAUGUACCUGCUGCGAGGAUGUUCGACUACCUAUGUGCAUUCACGAAAUGGGCCGACAUAGAGAAGUUCUUCAGAGGUCGAACAGUCGUUGAUGUCAUCGAGAAGGAUAACGAUGGGGAAGGAUGGGUACUGCGUUGUAUACCGACCGUGCUGGACAAGAAGGGGAUUGAAAUCAAAGCGAACAAAUUGGUUAUCGCGGUAGGCAACACGAACAAGCCGCUACUACCGGAUUAUCAAACAUCGACAAAUUUUCGACCAUUAGUCAUUCAUACUGCAGACUUCCCGGAACAUUAUCCGGUCAUCGCGAAGCCGGGCAAGCAUACCGUCAUUGUGGGAUCUGGAAAGUCUGCAUGGGAUGUAGCGUACGUGUGCGCUAGUCAGCCUUCUGCAACAGCAACCAUACUUGUACGUCCCGAUGGUAACGGCCCCGUAUGGAUGACACCCAGUCACGUCACACCAUUGGGAUUGUGGCUAGAGAAACUGGUACAUACACGCUUCUUUGGCUUUCUGUCUCCUUGCCCGUGGGCGCCUACGACGGGCAUAGAAGGCUGGCUACGCUCCUUCUUCCAUCGUACGCGGCUCGGAAGGAUGGUAGUGGGUGCUUUCUGGAAUAUACUUGGGGAAGACGCUAUCGCGCUGAAUGGGAUGGAUAAGCAUCCUGAGACCAAGAAAUUACGCCCAUGGAGGGGCGCUUUCGAAGUCGGCAAUGCACUAUCGAUUCACAACUACCCAAACAACUUCUUUGACAUGGUCAAAGAGGGGAGAAUCAAUGUUAUCGUGGAUGAGAUUGCCAGUCUGCAUGGAGAGCGACAGGUCAUACUUAAGUCAGGACAGGUAUUGGAGACGGAUGCAGUGGUAUGCGCAACGGGAUGGCAGAAGGGAUACACGUUCCGUUUCGAACCUCGAGAGCUGGAGAAAGACCUGGGCUUGCCAACUACACUUCCACCGACGCCGGAAGAAGCAGCUCUCAUAAAGAGGUCAGAAGAGACUCUAUACACCGAAUUCCCGUAUCUGAAAGAAAGGGAUACAAGCCGUGUCUACCACCCCGACCCUUCCCUUCGCUACGCCCAACAGCCUUCUACAGACGCCCAGCCGUAUCGCCUGCACCGCUUCAUGAUCCCACCAAAAGCCAUGGGAGAUCGCAACAUCGCGUUCGCAGGCGCACUUCUCUGUCUUGGCGCCUUCCCCAACGCGUACAUCCAAAGUCUCUGGAUCACCGCCUAUCUCGACGGUACCUUGCCCAUCCCCUCCUCACCCACUAAAACACUCGAAGAGACAUACCGUAACACGCAAUACUGCGUACUACGAGGCGCAAUGAGCUACGGGCAUACGUUACCUGACCUUGUCUUUGAUACUCUGCCUUACUUCGACACAUUACUGAGGGAUCUAGGCAUGCAGGAGCGGAGGAAAGGCGGUGGCGUAAGAGAGUGUGUGAGCAGCUAUGGUCCGGAAGACUAUCGAGGUUUGCUGGAAGAUACGGAGGUAAGGAUGAAGAUGGUGAAGGGUUUUCUCUAG